UGCGACGUCACUUCCGGAAGCGGACUCAAGCCCAGGCCAUUCUCUUUAGUGUUUGCCCUGUCUCCCCAUGGUCAUCUCCACCGCCCACAAUUUGAUGUAAAAGAAAAUGAACAAAUAAGCCCUGGAAAGUGGCCAUAUUUAAACUGGAACAACAUUUAAAUACUGCGUCCUAUUGAGCAACGUCAAUCUUUCCACGAGGACGAAAGUUCCCUACAUUUCCUAUCAAAGGCAUCCCCCGACAAAGUUAGAAAAGCAAGGAUGUCUCAGUUCCAGUGUCCGGCUGGUCCCAUGCCUGCCACCCCUGCUCCACUGCAGCUGGGGCAGCCUCAGCCAGGCUUUAGCAUCCCCUGCGCUGCAAGCACGUUGGCAUCUGAGAGCGCCAGUCAGCCUGUCAGGAGCUCCGCUCUCCCUGCCGGCUCAGCCACUCCCUACUCUACAGUCAAUGUAUCUAACAUGGCAAACCCUAAAGAGAAGACUCCAAUGUGUUUGGUGAAUGAGUUAGCCCGUUUCAACAAGCUCCAACCUGAGUAUAAGCUACUGAGUGAACAAGGACCAGCUCACUGCAAAAUUUUCUCAGUACGGCUCACGCUGGGAGAUCAGCACUGGGAUGCCGAGGGGACCAGCAUCAAAAAGGCCCAGCAUUCCGCUGCCACAUCUGCCUUGGCUGAGACUGUACUUCCCAAGCCCACCAUCAGGACACCACGUAACACAGGCAAGAAGCCAGACGGUAUGAUUCAAAUAAUGGAGUUAAAUGCAUUAUGCGCAAAACUUAAUAAAAAGCCCAUAUACAAACCCUUCGACCAAUACCCAAUGAGACCACCAAACAUGAAUUACGGUGUCCGUAUCCCGGGGCCCUAUCAGCGCUCUAUGCACCAUUACUACUACCCGUUUUCCGCCAUGGGACCAAUGUUAUACCACAUGGAACUAUCUAUCGGAGGUCAGCGCUUUGUAGGCAGAGGGCGCACGCGACAGCUUGCCAAACAGGAUGCUGCUGUGAAGGCUUUAAGAGUCCUACAGAAAGAGCCUAUAUUGCAGCAGAUGCCAGAGGUGAAAGAAGAGCCUGAGGAAGAGAACCUCAACAAAUCAGAAAUCAGUCAAGUUUUUGAGAUGGCAUUGAAGCGCAACCUACCUGUAAAUUUUGAGGUGUUAAAAGAAGAAGGCCCACCACACAUCAAGAGCUUUGUGGUGCGUGUUGUAGUGGGAGAGUUUACUGGAGAGGGAGAGGGUAAGAGUAAAAAGAUUGCCAAGAAGUUGGCAGCUGCUGCUGUGCUCGGUCAUUUGAAGAGUUUACCUCACAUACCCAGCGUGGAGAAGACGCUGCCACGUAUCAAGAAGAAAACCAAAUCCAUCAUCAAGCUGCAGACCAGCCCAGAAUACGGCCAGGGAAUGAAUCCCAUCAGCCGUCUGGCCCAGAUUCAGCAGGCCAAGAAGGAGAAGGAACCAGAAUAUACCUUGGUGAUGGAGAGAGGGCUGCCGAGGCGUCGUGAGUUCGUCAUGCAGGUCAGCGUCUGCGGACAGUCUGCCGAGGGUAUGGGGCCCAGUAAAAAGGUGGCCAAGAAGAAUGCAGCGGAAAAAUUAUUGGAAAUACUGGGAUAUAAAGUGCCUCAGCCUCAGCCCCCAAAACCGGCACUUAAAACUGAAGAGAGGGCCCCAGUAAAAAAACCUGGUGAUGGGCGUAAAGUGACAUUCUUUGAGCCCGGUUCAGGGGAGGAGGUACCACUCGGUUCCAAGGACGAGGAGUUCCGCCUGCCUUACUUGAGCCACCAGCAGCUGCCUGCAGGCAUCCUGCCUAUGGUGCCUGAGGUGGCUCAAGCGGUCGGGGCCUGCCAAGGACCACAGGCCAAGGACUACGGCCGAGCAACACCAAACCCAGGCAAGGCCAACGUCACUGCCAUAAUUGCCAACGAGCUAUUGUACGCCGGCACGUCCCAGACGGCUGAGGCUAUCCUUAAGAACAAAAAUAUCCUGAACCAGACGCCCCACGGGCCCCUCACCAGGUCCUCGGAGCAACUCGCUUACCUUGCAUCUGUGCAGGGUCUGCAGGUGGAAUACAAAGAUUUCCCUAAAAAUAAUAAGAAUGAGUUUGUAUCAUUGAUUAACUGCUCUUCUCAGCCACCACUCAUCAGCCAUGGAAUGGGAAAAGACAUAGAAUCCUGUCAUGAUAAGGCUGCACUUAAUAUAUUAAAACUGCUGUCUGAGUACGACCAGUUGUCAAAUGAGCGAACAGGAAAUGGAGCAGCUUCUGGGUGUGGCAAACAGGAUGUUGAGGGCGAGAAGCACCCCAAACCGGGUAAUUCAAGCACAAUGGCUUCGCCCCUGGACGGUGGCAUUUAGACCAUUAUAUUAAAUUGACUGUAAAAGCACUAGUGAAAACUUGAAGACACUGUUCCAGAUUUGCUGCAAGACAUUUUUUCGUGGCCAUUCAAGCGUCAGUCAUGCUAACCGUUGUACCCUGCACGCAGUUAAACAGGAUUGAACUGAACGUUUUGGUUUUGCUUUUCUUGAUGUUGUUUAAUUGUAUGUUCUUUUGUUGCUCCCUAGUGGGAAUAGCUGCAUCCUAGUUAGUGAUUCGGGGCUUCACUUGGAUAUAAAAACUGUGAAAAAUGUCAUUUUAACUCUUGUUUUUAAGUAUUACUAUGUUUUACUAGCCAAUUGAGGUUAUUCAUUUAAAACAAAAAGUCCCAUAUCUUUUUUUCAACUUUGUCUAGGGUGCAGCUUUGGAUGUUUGAGUUUUUUUUUUUUUUUUUCCCCAUUAAAAAAGUGAUGUGUUACCGACAUUUACCAUGCAGACCUGGGAAGAAAGUAUGUUACUUUAAAUGUAGCGUGUAAUGUAACUUGAUGUUGUCGCCACUGUAGGUGGUGGAGCAGUCUUAACUCCUUUUCCCUCCUAUGUCGGCCUCUCAUCUCUCUCUGCUUCUCAGUAAUUAAACAUGCGUGUUCCUACGCUAUCAACAAACAA